GGGUCCCACUCCCCUGUCAGUUGUAGAAGGAGACGCGUCCUCACGCCUUCCCAGUUCACUCCAGUGGAGCCCGGCCGCCUGCUGCGGGGAGGCGUCGACCGGGCCCAUUUCCCAGACCCAGAAACUGAGGCUCCAGGAGAAGCAGCCAGCUGUGUGUGGAGUUCAAACAUGGCUCUGAGGGUAGGUGGCCAGUCCUGAAGACCCAGCCUGGCUCCAGCUGCUCCAGAAGGACUCCAGCCCCCCAAGACUCCUCUGCUCCCCACAGGAUGGGAGCCUGGGCACUAGGGACCCGGUCAUGAGGGGCUGCUGCUCCUCCCCAAAGGCCAUCCCUGCACCCCCAAGGAAUACCAUUGACCAAAGCCUAGGCAUGGACUCUAGUCACAGCAAUCCCAGUGGGGCUGGGCACGGGGCCUCCUGCUCUGAUAGCCCUCCUGGGGGCUUGGCCUGUCCCUCUCCUACCUGCAGUCCUCUCCCAGAGACAGUGGGGGCACAUGGGGCCUUGACCUCACCAGCCUCUGAAACAACUUUAUUUGGGAAGCAAGAGCCCACGUCCUCAGCAGAAGCUGCUCCCACAGCCCCAGAGAACAGAAAUCCUGUGUUCUUGGAGAAGAUGGAUUCCAAAUCCUUGAUGAAGACAGAUUCUACUUCUAUGAGAAAGGAAGAGGCUGGGUCUUUGAAGAAGGAAGAGUCCUCAUUGAUUGGAAAGGCAGAGCCUGAGAUCUGUGGAAAGAAGGAACCUGGGACUGUGGGAAGGAUGGAUUGCACAACUCUAAGGAAGGAGGACUCCAAGUCCUUGGGAAGAGGAGGUGCAGUGUGCUCCAGUGAAGUGGAUACAGUGUCCCCAAGAGGGGAAGGCCCUGGAUCUUUAAAAAACAUAGAGGCUCUGUCCUCAGGCAAAGUGGAGCCAAGAAAGGAGGACCCCAUGUAUUCCAAAAGAGAGCACCCUGGACCCACAGGAGAGGGAGAGCUUGGGUCUUUGGGAAAAAAAGACAUUGAAGCCCCAGAAAAGGCAGAGCCUGCAUCCACAAAACAGACAGAUGCUGGGUUCUCGGGAAAGCUAACGCCAGGAUCCGAGGGCAAGACAGAGCUUGUGUCCUCAGGGACAGUGGCUCCUGGGACCUCCAAAAAGAUGAAUCCUGAAUGCUCAGGAAGGGCAGAUCCUGCUGCUGUAGGGAAAGCAGAAACUUUGUCCUCUGCAAAAGAGGACCCUCCGCUUCUUGGGAAGACAGGCCCUGCUUCCUCAGGAGAGCGUGGGCCUGUGUCUGCGAGAAUGACAGAAACAGUCUCUGUUGGGCAGCCUGAAGGUGUGUUUCCAGCAAAGAUGGACCCCACAUCUGUGAACAGUUCAGGACCUUCAGGCAGUGCGGACCCAGUUUCCUCAGGAAACGUGGAACUUGUGUCCCCAGUGAAACCGGAACACUUGUCUUCUGGGCAGGCGGCACGUGUGUCCUUGGUGAAAACAGAAACCCUAUCCUCAGGAAAGGAGGACCCAAGGCCCUCCGAAAGGGUGGAGCUCAUGACUGUCGCAGGAAACAUAAAAACGUCUCAAGAAGGGAACCCCAAGUCUUCAGGAAAGACAGACCCCGUGUCUUCAAGUUCAGGAGAUGCCAGGCCUCUGGGGACCUGGGGGUCCCUGUCUGCUGCAAAAGCUGAGGCAAUGAGCGAGGGGAAAGGAAGCCCGCAGUCCUUAGAGAAGCCAAGUCCUAAAUCCGCCUCGGAGAAAGCUGAUGCCCUCGAUCUCAGCACGGUGGGCUGUGCAAGCCAGGGAAAGGCAGAAACCGCUCCCUCUGGACAAGCCCAGGGAAAGGCAGAAACCGUUCCCUCUGGACAAGCGGGCCCCACGACUUUAGGAAGAGAGGUCCUGACGAGUUCAGGAAAAGCAGCGUUGGUGUCCCCAGGGAAGGUGGAUCCCAUGGCCUCAGAAGGAGCAGAAGGCAUUCCAGAGCUGAAGGAUUCAGAGAAGAGGAAUCCUGGGAACUCCACGAGGGUGGACGCCAGGGCCUCGGGCAGUGCUGAGCCCAAGUGUGAGGUCAAGGUGGUGACCCAGCUUCCCGACGCCCCAUCCCCGGGAAGGGUGGAGGCUCCUGCUUCGCAAAAAGAACAGCCACAGUGGCCCGGGAAGACGGAUGCCUCGGGGAAAGCGGACCCCAGCGCUUCUGUGGGGCCGGUGUCCCUGGGGAAGGCCGACUCUGCGCCUCCAUCUAGAAAAGCAGAGUCUCAGACCUCGGCCCAGGCCGCGGCUCUGGCUCCGGAGAAGGCCGCGUCCUCUCUCAGGCAAUCGGAUGGUCCACCGUGCAGCUCAGCCCAGCUUCGGGGUGACGAGCGGCGCCAGGAGCCGGGGCCCUCUGCCAGCACCGGCCAGAAAGACCUAGGGGCCUUGGCGGCCGCGAAGAGCCCCCGCGCGGAGGGGACAGCGCCCCCGCCGGGGCCACGGACUCGCGACAACUUCACCAAGGCGCCGUCGUGGGACGCGGGCGCACCGCCGCCGCCGCGGGAGGACGCGGGCACGCAGGCCGGCGCGCAGGCUUGCGUCUCGGUGGCGGUGAGCCCCAUGUCCCCGCAGGACGGCGCGGGCGGCCCGGCCUUCAGCUUCCGCGCGCCCAGCCCCGCGCCCGGGCCGCCCGCGCGCCGGGACGCCGGCCUGCAGGUGUCGCUGGGCGCCGCCGAGACGCGCUCGGUGGCCACCGGGCCCAUGACCCCGCAGGCCGCCGCGCCGCCCGUCUUCCCCGAGGUGCGGGUGCGGCCCGGCUCGGUGCUGGCCGCCGCCGUGGCGCCCCCGGAGGCGGCCGAGCCGGUGCGCGACGUGAGCUGGGACGAGAAGGGCAUGACGUGGGAGGUGUACGGCGCCUCCAUGGAGGUGGAGGUGCUGGGCAUGGCCAUCCAGAAGCACCUGGAGCGCCAGAUCGAGGAGCACGGCCGCCAGGGGGCGCCGGCGCCGCCGCCCGCCGUCCGCGCGGGCCCGGGCCGGGCGGGCUCCGUGCGCACCGCGCCCGCCGACGGCGCCGCCAAGCGCCCGCCCGGCCUGUUCCGCGCGCUGCUGCAGAGCGUGCGCCGGCCGCGCUGCUGCUCGCGGGCUGGACCCACCGCCGAGUGAGCCGCCCGCGUCCGGUGGGCCCCGGUUUCCAGCCUUCUCAGGCCCCUGAAGGCUGCGUCCGCCCCCACCACCCCCGCGGGCGGCAGGCCUCCGGGGAGCGGGCAGCAGCCUUCGGGGCUUCUUUCCAGUCACUCCCUUCCCCGACACUGACGGAACCCGGUUUUCCGGUCCCCUUGUGGCCGCGAGCCCGCACACCCAGCCCUGACAACCCCGCCCUGGUACCCUCACAACCCUCGGCCCCACUCCCCAGGGUAGCUCCGGGAGAGCACGGGGCCUGCCCCCACCCCUCCACCCUAGAGCUGAGGCGGGCUCCCAAGAUACCCAGACUGGUGCUUCGAGGCCCCCGGAGGGCCAGGUCCCCAGAGCUGGGAAAGACUGCAUGCAGAACUCAAGCGUUCUUUCACGUGGGCUAGAAUUGACUAAGGCCGCCAGACAGGCAGACUCUGGGGGAGGCUGGCGGGAGGGGGAGGGGAGGGUCCCCACACGGUGCUGGCCCCACGGCCAGGGCAUCUGUUGCAUGCUGUUGGUAGUCUAACCCCCGUUCCCGUCUCCCCCGCCCAGCCCAGCAUCCUAGCCCUAUCCCAUCCCCUACCCAGUCACUGUGCAGGUGGAGGCCAAAAGCCAGGAGCACCCUGGGGCUCAGCUGAGAAGGGAUUCGUGGGAAGGUCGGGGGUCCUAGGCAGGACUGGAGAUCAUUGGAAGGUCUCAGGCCGCUGGCUGCCUGGGUGACAGCUGGUCUUGGGUGUUGGGAACAGGACGGUUGGGGGCUGUUUGACAUCACAGUUGUCUUUUAAAGGUCCCCCUUAUCCCUCUCCUCCCCCACCCCACAGCGCUGUGAGCCCUAACAAGUUCCUUGUAACCACUCAGUGCCCUGGUCCCCAUCCCUCUAGCCUCAGUUUUUGGCUACUAACUGUCACAGUACACAUUGGUAAUAAAACCUUUCCCCAACUCUU